CUUUUGAUAGAUCAGUGUUUACCGCUUCAUAUAAAAUGUAAGAUAUUAUCCGUAUUCCAUCAAUUCAAAUGUUGGAAGCAACAGAACCAGUCAGAAACGUCUGGCUCAAGUUUUGUGUGGAUAUAGAUGGAUUAAAAGAGGUCUAAUAUAGAUUCUAGUUUCCAGUCCUUGAUAUUUACUUAUAUGAAAAAUAGUUUCAUCAAAGUUUUAAUCACCAUGAGAUUCAAAUGAUAGAUGCAUAUACAAGUACUAGUCCCAGAUGUUGUCCAAAAGAAACAUACUAGCCCCACAUGUUUUUUAAUCACAAACAUACCUGUUUUUUUCUUUUGGAUUACUAUAUACUUAGGCCCAUAUAUAAGAUUUUAUCUGGCUGAUUAAAGGUUCAAAAAACUUCUGUUUGUGGAUACCCUCUGUUACAAAGAGAGGGUUUACUUCUAAAUUGGUUUUGAAAGUCUAUAUCUGUGUGUGUCUUUGUUUAUCUCAUUAAGUUAACAGUUUUUUUUUUUUUGCUAAACAUUUUUGUCUUCACCAGUUGAUUCCCAUUUCCUACACCCAUGAACUUCCGAGAAUUUUACCCAAAACAGCCAUUCUCCAAGGAACUGGUGGGUGUUUUUGGAAAGUCGAGAUGAAGAGGAAGAGAGAUGAGGUCUACUUUGGAAAAGGAUGGACCAAAUUUGUUACGGACAACUCUCUUAAUGACGGAGACUUUCUGACCUUUGUGUAUAAUGGAGCCAACGUUUUCGAGGUCAGCAUCUAUGGCCUUGGUGGAUGUAAGGAGAUGAGAGCAGUCACUGAAGUCGAAGAGGUCAAAGAAGACAGUGUUGUGUCUUUAAGCAGCACAGACUCAGACACUAGUUCUGAAUCCGUGGUGGCCAAUACAAUCAGCAAGAACAAAGGGAAGUCGCAAGUGGUAGAAGAUGAGGAUGAGUCUGAAGAGGCUGAGGCUGAGACUUGUUCUGAGUCCACUGUGGCUAAAACAACCACGGGAAGCCGAAACAAAGGAAAGAAGAAAGAGAAAGUUGUGGAGUCUUCUAAUGAAGACAGUGACAGUGAUUAUACUGAAGCGAAUGAAGACAGUGACAGUGAUGAUACUGAAGUUUCUGGUGACUUGUAUGCAUUUAGUGAGAGUUCUAAUACUGUGGCACAGCCAAAAAAGAAGAGGGAGAGAGUAACGAUCAAGAAGAUCAAAGAUCCGGAGAAAUAUUUGGUUGAUCCAAAGAAUGUGUUCUUUGAGACAAACGUGAAGAAUAGGCCAUAUGAGCUGUUGGUUAGUGCACAACUAGUGAAAGACUAUGACUUAAAGUUCAAGAAGUUGGUUUACUACACUGACUAUCACAAGGACGGGAAGCUACAAGCGAAGACAACAAAAUGGAAGGAUAAUCGCGUUUGUAUCAAAAAGUGGAACCGCAUAUGCAAGAGGAACAAGUUGAAGAAAGGAGACGGCAUAUUGUGUGAGCUUAAGCGCAAAGAGGGUUUUGUUUACGCCGUUAUAAUCCAUAUCGUUCGUGAAAAGGAUUUGUAAACAGAGUGAGUACUAGGAGGAGAACCUGCAGGUCAAUUACAUGAGCUUGUCUUUUAAUUUUAUGUUGUCUAUUAGUGCAGUUAUGAUGUUAUGUUUGAGUGUCGUAGCAGAAAUUUUUAUAUUUCCAUUUUUUUUUUGCUAGUAACGUAUGCAACUUUGAACUGUAGACUAUUUUUUUCCAUCAUUUUUAGUUUUUAUAAUAUUUCCUGAA